AUGGCCCAGACGCGCAAGGAAGAGGCGAUCGACCAUCUCAUCGAUCUUCAGUGCGACCCAGCGUAUCUUCGCCGGCACAUCAAGGGUCUCUUCAGCACCACGCUCUUUCGCAUGGCGGAUACCGAGGACGCGGCAAUGAUGGUGGCUAAAUACAUCCACCUGGAGUAUAAAAGACACUACUGGUGGUACUGGAUUGAGAUUGAGUGCAAGCAUGUGCGGGACCUACACGACAGAUUUUCAGACAGUACGCAUCCCGGCCAGCCGAUCCCUCCCAAGUACGACCUGGCACUGGGUGCUUUGGAGCUUCUCCUCAGACCUGGCGUGCCCCUGGAAACGGUCGUUCGCAGCGUGUCGCGGGACUCGAACCCGAGCACAAAGAAGGCUCUAGAGAAUGACCCGCUCGAUUGGUGUCUCCAUCAAAUGAUGGGCAAGCCCGACAACUACAGACACUUUGAUCACGCCAUGCUCUUUGCAAUGAUUGACGACCAUCUGGUCAAGAAUAACAGAAAGGAAGCAGCUCGUAUCGAUGGGUUUCUCAUGCGCGAAAUGGCAGACAUAUUUGCCCUCCAUGAGUCUUUGAUUUCUUUGCGCCUCAAUCGACCUCAGAACACCUCCAGGGUCGUCAAAGAUGUGUAUCGGACGGAGAAGCGCGGAAUCCGGAGAUAUGGGCAGAACAAUCCCAAAAACCACUCGGAGCAACAGUUCAAGAAUAUGGGAAAGGCCCUUGUAGACGGCUUCUACAAAGGAAAGGCUCCCAGCAGCGAGAAGAAUCAGGCAUGGCUACAGCAAAGCCAGACUCUGCUAGGCUUUGUCGAGGGAUUCUUCAAGGAAUUGGGGAACCUGGUUCGGAAAGAUCUCGAAGGAACUAGCCUUGAAGCGGAAACCAUUGAAGAGACUUUGAGUGUCGUGCUUGUCCAGAACAGGACAGAAUAUCUGGAAGCGAUUGCCCGAGAAGAAGAGGAGAUCAUGGCCAACAUCGCCGAUGCCGAGAAGCCUGCUCCCGACAUCUUUCGAGACAGAAGCACAGCGACAGAGGGAUCCAUUCGAGCUGAUCUGGUCCAGACAAGCCAUCUAGCAAAAGUCAAGACCCGCCCCGAUAACUCAUCCUCGAGCGUCCAACCGGUCGAUGAUCUGGAGUCUCUAGAUAUAGCCACUCUUUCUAUCAAGCCGGUGACCCGACUUCGCGUCUCCCCGCGUACUCUCGAUGUGGUCUACCUCAUGUACCCUGAUGCGCAAACAAAAUCGAGGAACAUCACGUGGGACGAUUUCGUACGCGCUCUAUGCGAUGCCGGUUUUGUUGCGAGCAACAACGGCGGGUUCGGAGGGUUCUCCGGCGAGAAAGGGGCCAUCAUCUUUUACAAGUCGCACCCGGUGCUCAAGAUCGACCCCGUCAUGCUCCAUGGCAUGGGAAGACGGCUUACGAAGUGGUUUGGCUGGACUCGUGACUCAUUCUCCGCUUAA